AUUGCUUAAAUUGAUGGUUAAGGAGAGGAAGUUUAACCAUCAUUCCUUGUGUGCCACCUUGGGGAUUACUCACAUUGCUUUUGUAGAUGAUUUGAUGCUGUUUUCUAGAGGAGACAUUGAGUCUGUUACUGUCCUGGCUAAUGCCCUCAACCACUUCUCUCAAGCCUCUGGACUGAGAGUUAAUCCACAGAAAUCAAGCAUUUUUCUAGCUGGAGAAGUUAAGGAUAAUAGACAGGACAUCCUUAACCUGGUCCUAUUUCCUCUUGGAAGACUCCCUGUCAGAUACCUUGGUCUACCAUUAACUUCCCAAAGAGCCUCUGAAAGGGACUUUGCACCUCUUAUUGCUAAGGUUGAGGACAAUAUAUUUUACCUUCAAAAUAGGGAGGUGUGGACAUGGACACCUAAGGAGGGGGAUUCACACCUUUUCAAAAAAAUGUCCAUUGCUAGAGAUCUUUUUGUGGAUAAGCUUGGGGGUCCUGAUGGGUUUCAUGACAGAUUGCAGAACAUGUGUGAGAAUGGCAAUUUAAAUACCACCACUGUAUAUGAUCUGCUCAGAACUAGGAAUCAGCCAAAGCCUUGGAUGAAAUUCAUUUGGCAGACCUAUAUCCCCCCUAGAUUUUCCUUUACCACUUGGCUGAUCCUUAGGAAAAGACUUCCUACCAAGAUUUGGAAUGGAGUUAAGGAGUGGCUCAACUUGGAUGUUGCUCUCUCAACUUUAAACAGAGCUAUCAAGUGGCUUAGGAAGUCUCACCAUGCUCAUUCAAACAUCAAGAAAAUGUGCAUAUUGGCAACCCUUAGCACUGUUUAUCACAUCUGGAGACUUAGGAAUGGGGCAUACUUUGAUCAGAUUGCAGUUGAUGUCCAUUCUACUAUCCAGAAGAUCAAGUUGAGUGUUUAUAAGGUGAUGUACAGGCUGUUUCCUAAUGCCCCUUUGAGGUUGGGAAUGGGUAUUGGUUGAG